CGCGCCGCCCCGCUCCGACCCAUGGCUCCGGGCCGGGCGCUGCUGCCCGCGGCGCUGCUGGCGCUGGCGCUGAGCCCGGGCCCCGCGGCCGCGCUGCCCUGCGGCGCUGGCUGCCCGGCGGGUACGUUCGUAGCGAGCGCCGACUGCGGACGGGGAGCGGGCGCGUCCUGCCGGCCCUGCCCGGCCGGCACCUUCUCCAGCGCGGCGGGACGCGGCGGCUGCAGAAUGUGUCGGCAGUGCGAAGGACUGUUUCAGUAUUUGAAAAACUGUUCCUCAACGAGUGAUGCUGAAUGCACGUGCAAGCAGGGCUAUCGCUGCGGCAGCGCUGGCUGCACCUACUGCACCCGAAGCUGUGGCGUGGGCCAGGAGAACACCAGGAACGGUUGCCAGACUUGCCGCUAUGGAACCUUUAACGAUCAGCCCAAUGGCUCCUGUAAAAACUGGACAAUAUGCUCUGGAAACCAAGUCCUGGAGCCUGGAACUCCAGCAAAAGAUGUCAUUUGCAAACAUGCUUCAGUUAAUUCCACUUUAGUCACUACUCUACCUACAACAUCUCUCGAAAUUCCAUUUUCUAUCACUGUGCCAGGAUGUUCAGACAGACACAAUCAGGAUUUCGCUCGCUGUGGCUGGGCUGUCGUGCUUAGUGUUUCUGCUGCCUUUGUGCAUCUGCUUCAGUGUCUGGCAGAAAAAGAAGCUACACGCUGUCUUCAAGAAAAUGCACACACCUGAACAGUCAGUUCAGGAAGAUGAUGCCUGCAGCUGCCGCUUCCCUGAGGAAGAACAAGGUGAAUAUCAGAAUCCUGGCAAACCUUCAGAAUUGAGAGAUCUUCUGGUGAACUAGAAAUUGGACUGUCCGAGUCAUCCAUAUUUGAAUUUUCUUUUGGAACACAGACCAAGAACCUGUUUAUGUAAAUAGAGCGUGUGUCAGCACACGAGUGUUAGAGCAGUAAAUAGUCCGGCCACUGGGGAAAAGGUGCUUUUUUUAUAUUUCUUAAAAGAUAAUAAAAAAUCCCUCCAAAACAGUUUGCUGAUUUUCUUCCUCUACGAGUAAGGAUAUUUCUGACAAGUGGUUCCUGAUUUUCAUGUAGAAAGAAGUACUGCAUUUAAAAGCUCUAAUAGAAGUGCAGAAUAGUUUUCUGGUCCCUCAUUAAUGUUACCUGAGCCAUAAUUUACAUCCAUUCCAAAAGCAUCUGAAGCUAAAAAGAAGAGCACAUUGUAGAGUCACUGGUGAAACUCAUGAUCUCUUACUACCAGCCAUCCUCUUGAGUCUGGAGCCAAAGCUCCUCCCAAAGUCUGGCUCAAGCCCAGCAGUCCUGGGGUUUGUGUGCAAGUACAGAUGGAGCUCAUUUGAUCCCAUCACCCUUGGAAACAGAUCCUGGCCUCACCUCUGCACUCAUCCUUACGUGCAGGGGAAAGGAAGCCAUGAAAAUCUUGAGCUGCACAGUGCUGCACAGCAGCAUCUGCUGUUGUGUUGGCUUGAGGGAGGCAGUGGAAACACUGAGAGAAGCUGU